AUGGCGCUCUCAAAAAUAGCUCUUCUUUCCACCUUGCUCGGUGCUGUUUCGAUGGUCACCGGGCACGGUUUUGUUUCUAGCAUUGUUGCCAACGGUCAGAACUAUACUGGCUAUAUCGUCAACUCCUACCCCUAUAUGUCUGACCCACCCGAAAGCGUCGGCUGGGCUACAACAGCCACAGACUUGGGGUUUGAAGACGGCACCCAAUACCAAGAUCCAAACAUCAUCUGCCACCGCAACGGCACUAAUGCCGCACUCUCUGCAACUGUCACUGCAGGCUCGGAUGUCGACAUCCAGUGGACCACGUGGCCUGACUCGCACCAUGGCCCGGUCAUCACAUACCUGGCUUCGUGCAAUGGGGACUGCAGCACUGUGGACAAGACUACCCUAGAGUUCUUCAAAAUUGAUGAAGUCGGCUUAAUUGAUGACACCGUUGUUCCGGGUACCUGGGGCACCGACCAGCUUAUUGCUGCCGGGAACCGCUGGACGGUUACUAUUCCUUCGAGCAUUGCGUCUGGAAACUACGUGAUGCGUCAUGAACUCAUCGCCCUGCACUCUGCUGGGCAACAGAACGGUGCUCAGAACUACCCACAAUGCUUGAAUUUAGAGGUCACUAGCAGUGGUAGUGACGUUCCAGCUGGAACUGCUGGCGAAGAGCUCUAUACUAAUACCGACCCGGGUAUCCUGAUCAACAUCUAUACUACGCUCACCGAGUAUAUUAUCCCUGGGCCCGCUCUGUACUCUGGUUAA